CACGAAUCACCUGCUUUUCCAAGGCAGCUAUGGGAUUCUGCAGUGGCCGUUCAGAUGUCCAGGUGCUCCCAAAGAACACCUCCUCCGCAUCGUCGCCGUCUUCCUCGUCGGCUGCUAAAGAUUCCGGCCACAGUGAGAAGAACAAGAAGCAGCAGGGUGUAAAGAAUGAGGAGAGGAAGGAGAAGAAAAGGAGCAACCUUGACCGGGCUGCGCUCACGACGCCCCACUUCCCCUUUCAUUCUCGCCCCGGUCUUCUGUAAUAGAUUAACUGAGAAAAUGCUGCACACAUGGGAUCCUGUAGAUUUUCCUAUUAGCCUAUGAUUUAUUCAUUGAUUGGUUGGUUGUAUUUGAUGAUCUGAAUUACAAUUGUUUCUUUUUAACAUACAAAGAGAUUAUGUUCAUUGUUAUUGGGAUAAUUAUUAAUUUUUGCCUUCUUUUU